AUGUCCCUGUGUUUAAACCGCCUUACAGAAGAACGGAAGCAAUGGCGACGAGACCACCCGUUCGGCUUCUACGCAAAGCCUCAUCGGACACCUCAGGGCGUGCUGGACCUGAAGCGCUGGGAAUGCGGUAUCCCGGGGAAGGCGAAUACACUGUGGGAAGGAGGACUGUUCAAGCUUGACGUCGUCUUUCCAGAUGAAUAUCCGACGAAGCCGCCAAAAUGCAAAUUCGUCCCCCCACUCUUCCACCCCAACGUCUACCCCUCCGGCACCGUCUGCCUCUCAAUCCUCAACGAAGAAGAAGCCUGGAAGCCCGCCAUCACAAUCAAGCAGAUCCUCCUGGGAAUCCAAGACUUACUCGACGACCCGAACCCAGAGUCCCCCGCGCAGGCUGAAGCAUACAACUUAUUCAAGAAGGACCGGCCGGCUUACGAGCGGCGCGUGCGCCAGGUCGUCAAGGAGAAUCCUGCUCUCUAG